GUUGGUGUGUGCAGAAACAAAACGACGCCAGUCAGUGUCAACGCACAGAUAAUCAUGUCCUGGUACAAGACAGUUGUGAAUGUUCUGCAAAUGUUGUGCUUCAACGUACUCCUUCUUGUAGACACUGAACCAAUAUCGUGCAGCAUGCAGUCCAUGCCCAACCGUGAUGACCUUAACGCUACAACUGGCCUCAGAUGGACGUCUGUUUUGUCUGCUCGCGUCGACUGCCUUCUUCGUUGUUAUGACGACACCCUUUGCAAGAGUUUUAUCCAUAACCAGCUGACUGGCAUCUGCUCGGGGUUUCAUGCCUUGCCCCACAGAAUCGAAUCUUCAAAUCUUCUCAACUCUCCUGGUUCGAAGUGGUUCACUAUGUGUACAGAACUGCAAAUUGUCACCCGACGGUGCGAGUCGACUGGGUGUCCUGUGACCGCCUCCUUCAGGACAGGGCUGUGUGGAUGUGGCUUCGGGCGCAGCUUUGACCCCUCCACGAAAUCGUGCGUGAAAUCGUGCGCAUCAUAUGGAAACGAAUACACGCAGUUUACAGGCGUUGGUCUAAUGGAGCAUAAUGAUCUCAGACUUUACAUAUCUGACCCUGAAUCCUGCGAAAAGGCUUGUUCAGCUGAAACAUCCUUCGUCUGCACCACCGCGGAAUCUGCCUACGGGGAAUGUCGCCUGUCCCCAGUGACAUGGAACGUCGUAAAUAUAUCUGCACUGUAUGUGCACAAUACUGCAAAUUUAUUUCAACGCCACUGUGCGUCACGCCCAUAAUUUGUAUUGUUGGGUGACUUUAUCCCUCAUAUGGUUACAACAUAUCCUCAGCCGUUAUUAUGGUCGUCUUUUCGAAAAAGGUUUUUACCACAUGGAAGUACAUC